CUCUUACACUGUCAAAGUCAAGUAAACGGAUUGUUUUUUAAUCCCCUUCUUCUCCCACCAAUCUUAUAUAUUUAUAAUAUACCACCAACACUAUUUCCCCACCUCCUGGGAAACUGGUUGUUCAGUAAUUAUCAUAUAAAGUAAACUCACUCGUCUUUAUGUUACGACUUGGUCUUCCUUUUAGAAAUUAGAAUACAACUGGUUUCCCUUCCUCUAUUCGAAUCGUUUUUGCAGUGAGGGAAUGGAGAGAAUAAGGGCGUGUUUGGUUGCAGUGGCCCUUGCGAGCCUAUUCUGCGUAGCGCAUGUGAGAUCCAGUGCCUCUGAUCAUCGUUACAAAGCUGGAGAUGAAGUCCCUCUUUAUGCUAAUAAAGUCGGUCCCUUCGGCAAUCCCAGCGAGACAUACCGUUACUUCGAUUUUCCAUUCUGUUCCCCAGUCCCCCUGAAGGAGAAGAAGGAAGCUUUGGGCGAAGUAUUGAAUGGGGAUCGGCUAGUGAGUGGCCCUUACAGAAUUGACUUUUUGAGUGAGAAAGAUGCUGAGAUUGCUUGCAAAAGGAAGCUUUCAAAGGAAGAAGUUGCCAGGUUCAGAACCGCCAUCUCUAAAGACUAUUACUUCCAAAUGUACUUCGACGACCUUCCGUUUUGGGGCUUCUUUGGCAAAGUUUAUAACGUAGGCAAGGCCGAUCCAAGCGAUUGCAAAUAUUAUCUCUAUAAGCAUCCCGUAUUCCAGAUAUUUUACAAUAAGGACCGUGUUAUCGAGAUUAAUGUCAGAAUGGAUACACGCGCGGUUGUCGAUGUCACCGGAGAUGAACCUGUUGAUGUGGAUUUCAUGUACACCGUUAAAUGGAAGGAAAUAGACGUCCCUUUUGAGAAACGGCUGGAUAAGUACAAGUCGUCUUCUUCCUUGCGGCAAAUCCAGUGGUUCUCAACCCUUAAUUCAUGUGUCACCCUUUUGUUAUUGACCGCUUUCCUCGCCACCAUUCUCAUGCGAAUCCUUAAGAAUGAUUUCAUUAAGUAUGCACAUGAUGAGGAAUCAGCGGAUCAGGAGGAGGAGACUGGGUGGAAGAGCAUUCAUGGUGAUGUCUUCAGGUAUCCGAAACAUAAGUCUCUGUUUGCUGCAGCUCUUGGUUGUGGCACCCAGCUCUUUACUAUCACAAUUUUCAUUUUUAUCCUUGCUGUAGUUGGGGUCUUUUAUCCAUAUAAUCGAGGAGCUUUGUUGACUGCUUUGGUAGUCAUUUAUGCCCUUACAUCUGGAAUUGCUGGCUACACUGCAGCUUCUUUCUAUUGUCAGCUAGAAGGAACAAAUUGGGUGGGAAACUUAUUACUGACAGGAAGCUUGCUUUGUGGACCACUUUUUGUCACAUUUUGCUUUCUUAACACUGUCGCAGUUGCUUAUAAAGUCACUGCAGCAUUGCCAUUUGGAACCAUUGUGGUGAUUUUUCUCAUAUGGGCUCUGGUCUCUUCUCCUUUUUUAGUAUUAGGAGGUAUUGGUGGAAAGGAUAGCAAGGCAGAGUUUCAAGCCCCAUGUCGGACCACAAAAUGUCCUAGAGAUAUCCCGCCGUUACCUUGGUAUCGGAAAACUCUUCCUCAGAUUGCAAUGGCGGGAUUAUUGCCAUUCAGUGCCAUCUAUAUUGAAAUUUACUACUUAUUUGCCAGUGUGUGGGGACAUAGAAUCUACACCACAUACGUCAUCCUGUUUAUUGUCUUUAUCAUUCUCUUAAUCAUCACUGCUUUUAUUACCGUGGCUUUGACUUAUUUUCAACUUGCUGCUGAAGACCAUGGAUGGUGGUGGAGGUCCUUCCUCUGUGGUGGGUCAACCGGGUUGUUCAUGUAUGCCUACUGUUUUUAUUACUACAGUGCGCAAUCAGACAUGUCAGGCUUCAUGCAAACCUCAUUCUUCUUUGGAUACAUGGCUUGCAUUUGCUAUGGCUUCUUCCUCAUGCUUGGGGCCAUUGGCUUCUGUGCAUCUCUAUUCUUUGUUCGUCACAUCUAUCGCUCUAUUAAGUGCGAGUAGAGGAAUUUUUAAAGUUUGUUUACAAUAGGUAAUUCUAAUUACGUUUGCUUAAUAAUUGGAAGCAAUGGCAUAGUUUGUGGAAAGAUUUCAUGAUAACUGUCGGUAGCCAUUUUCAAAUCACAUAGGGAGAAGAUUGGGACAUUGUGCUCUGCCUCAAAGCAGCAGUGAAAGCGCAUAUGUGCGCUUGGGACAGGUAUUGAAUUGCUAUUGCAAUAUCUUGUGAAAAAGCAAAUCAUCUUUGCUUGUUACUUUUUCUCAGAAACUUGUAAUCUUCUCAGUACACCGACUAAAAUUAUCCCAUUUCCAUUUUUGCUUGUUACAUAUUUUGUUAAAUGAAAUUAUAUACAAAAGUUUAAGGAAA